AUGUACAUUUUCUUGCUGCCACUCUUAGUGGUGCGAACCGGGGCCUAUCGGCGGACCAUCUUGGAGAGAACUGAGUGGAAGGAUCUCCGCGUCGAACUCUGGACUUGGAACUCGGGCAAAGCGAACUUGCAGCAGGAAGCGGACCGUUUGGCGGCCACCAAUGCAGACAUUCUGGUCACUUGCCAGACUGAAGCCACUGCUGAUAUCUCGACAUUUUUGAAGGAGGAGUGGACGCUCUUGGCUCAUGGAGAACAUUGGGGUGCCGCGGGCGGGGCCAUCAAUGCACAGAUCGCGAAUGCGUUUCUGCGGACGCCACUGGAUGGGUUCAACUAUGUGAUAGAUGCUUCGAAGGCCUAUUCAAAGUUGUGGAGACAGGACGUGGGCCCAAGGACCACGCUUCGUCGGCAAAGCUCCGGCUAUUUCAACGAUCUCCUUCAUGCCAAAGCACAAGUGAUUGCCACCGACUACAAGGGCAAAGGCGGUAUCUCUAUCGAGCUGGUCUUCCCCAGUUAUCAGGACCAGAAAGACUUGCGCCUGGACUUUGUUUGUGCCCAUUUGGACAGUGAGAUGAACGAGAAGCGGCACUUUGGCGUGGCGGAGCUCCUGUCCCGAGUCCGCUCCGAUGAUGUGGACGUGGCCUCCAACAUCAGGAGUGAAGCCUGCGGCAAAAAAGGGGAUCUGCGCCAGCCGUGUGCCCUGUUUGACCGGGAGCUACCGAGCUGCAACGUGACGGAGGGAAGUCACCUCCCACCUCCACCGGAUGCCGUCUUCCUGUUCGGUGACCUCAACUAUCGUUUGAAAAAGACUGGGCUGGAAGAUAUGUCCCAGGCCUGGCUCCUUGACUGGACCAAGCGUGAAGCACUUGGACAUAACGAUCACUUGGUGAAUGGUGCAGAUCCCCUGGUCAAGGAGCCAGAGAGUGGGGGCUUUGGCUUCACGUGCAACAAGCCUUUUGCUUUGUACCCACCGACCUACAAGCGCAAAGGCGGUCAGGUGCAUUGGGAGAAGACCAUUGAGUUUUCCAAGUUUCACAAUACAGCCUUGGAUGAUGCGCUGCAUGCCACCAUGGGUCUGGAGAUUGAGAUCACCAAUAGCACUGGUGGAAAGCUGGACAUAGACGCCUUGCUAGAUCCGAAGAAGAUCUUGGAGGCGCCGGCGUUCCCCAUCACGGUGAAGACAAAGCCUUUUGAGGCGUGCAGCAAAGUGGGGGAAGCCUUGAGUCAGUGUGGGCAAGUAAAGCAGCCAGAAUGCAAGGAAUGGGUGCUUGCGUUUGCGAAGCAGUGCUAUCGGAAAAAGGAGGACAAAGCUUUAAUGGAUAAGUAUGGCCUCGAACGUUGGGCAGUAAAGAAGGAUGACCUUCAGCUGGGCUGGUUGGACCGCUUCUGCUUCCGGGAAAUCAAGAGGGAUUCAACUCUGAAGGUCUCCCUCCUGGGGGAAGCAGGUUGGAUGGAUUAUCCAGGGAUCAAGGACAAGCAGAAUGGCUCGGAUCACAUGCCGGUCGCUGCCACGUUCUUGGUCUCCUCGACCACAUGCAAUUGCCCGAAGGUGAAACGGAAUAUGAUGAUCUCUGGAUGUCAGGUGGCGGACAGCGGAGUGCUACGCUUCGGCGAGUUGUCGGUUGUCACAUGCAAAUCUGGCUACGCUUUAGAUACCAGGCAGAAAAGUGAGAUCAUCAAGUGUGGCCAGUAUGGGAAGACGGAGGUGCAAGGAGACGGGCACUUGACCUUCGACGCUUUGAAGUGUGUGAAGGUCUGCGAGGCACCAUACCAAGCUCCGAGCUCCAUACCCUCAUCCCCAUUCAGCCCUCCCGAGGGGCUGGUCUUGGAGGGUGACGAGGUCAGGGCCAAAUGUCGCCCACGAAACGGCGGUCAAAUGCCCUUGAGCUUGGGAGAAAGCCGCAUGCGGUGUGGGAGUGAUGGACUGUUCCGCCCGAUUGGCAAACCUCCAAUCUGUGCGCCCACUUGCAAAAACAAUUUCGACAAAGCUUACUUUUUGCUGGAAGAACGGCGGGCUGCUGCGAACGAGAUCCUGUCGGAGUAUGCUACCGAGGUGAAUUCAAAGCUUGCAUGGCAGCCUAUGAAGGUGGCGGAGGGCGGCUUCUUCAAGUACUCCUGCAGGAACGAGUGCAUCACCAUGGGUAACCGGAAGCAGACCUGCAUGGACGGCCUCUUGGAUGGGCACGGCCAGCAGAUGUUUUGCGGAUGCCUUUUGGAACUCAGACUUACCAAAAUGGUCUUUGACGACUCCUGGAUGAAGGAUGAGGUUCAGAAGAUCAAGUUGCAGCUCUACAAAGGUCCCCUCACAGAGGACCAACUACACCAUGUUCGGAGCAGCAAGGGAUACCUCAGUCAGCAGAAGUUCCACCUGGAGGAUGUCGGGAAAGAACAGCUCAUUCUGUCUGCGAUCCCUUCGAAAGAAUUGGAAAUACAUUUGACUGUUUGCUCGAGACAUGGCAAGAGAUCCCUUUUCUCCAGCUGUGGCAUCUUUGCAGAGACCUCGGCCGAUUCCCUGAACCUGGUGCCGUUCAUUGAGGGUGGCAGCUCGCACACGGGCAACUUCGACUUACCAUUGGCGGUGAAGCAUCAAGAAGGUGCUGAGCUGAAGGCUUCACGGGUCACCCUGAGCUUCAGUUUCAAUGCUGCGGCCCAUAUCCUGGACGGCGAGAAGUUGGGACCUCCCGAAGGUGACUCUGAGACAAAGAGACGCAAAAGCUCUGAGCGCCUCAUCCGAGUGCAGGGGCACCGGCUGCCGACGCCAGGAGGUGCCUGUCAAGGUGCCGAACGGCAUCCAGAUCCUCCGGUGCGCCCCACGCGUACUACUUCCUCCGCCCAAAACAGUGACGGGCCUCGGCUUCGCCCUGUCUUGGUGCCCAGCUCACAGGAGCCGGGAUCAAGGACGGUGUUGACAAGGCCACCUGCGCCUCCCAAACCGUCCCGCUCACGGCAAGAAGGAGCCAAGCCACCUGCAGAAUCUCCAGCGCCAAAGGUGCUGGCUCCAACUGAAGGGGUGGAUGGCAAAAUUUCCUUCUACACUUUGCGGAGCAAACCGCAGGAACCUGUGAAGGUGGAAGAAAGCUCUGAGCACACCACUUCCAAGUCAUCAGAUGAGGCGUCCGACAGUGACGGUGACAAGGAGAUCAAAGAGCCGGAGGUGAAGGAAGACAAGGACAAGGAAGAGGAGAAGGAAGAGGACAAGGAAGAGGACAAGGAAGAGGAGAAGGAAGAGGGGAAGGAGGUCAAUCAAGACCAGGAGAUGAAGGAAGAGGAAGCUGAUGAAGGACAAGUUGAGGAUCGGGAGGAGGCACAAACGGAGGAGCCUAGCUGCAUCUACUUCCACAACGUGCCCUUUGAGGUCGAUGAAGAGGAUCUGAUGCCGCUCUUCGAGCGUGCUGGGAAGGUGAGAGCCAUGUGCUUGUUCCGGCUGAAAGAUGGCCGUUCAAGGGGUCAAGGCCUUUGUCAAUUCAAUGCCUCGGGCACCGCAAGCAAGGCCGUUGACAUGCUCUCUGGUUGUUUCUUGGCAAACCCACUCAACGAGUCCAGCAAGGAUUCGCGUGAGCUCUUCGUGAAGCUCCAUCGAGGAAGUGCGCCGAUGGGGUACAGAGAUCCUUGA